AUGCUCCUCUUCCUCCCAACUCUGCUUGGGGUGUCCCUCAUCGUGUUCAUAAUCCUGCGCAUCGUGCCGGGCGACCCGGCGUACAUUAUGCUGGCGGGAUACGAAGGCGAUGGAGCCUUCACUCAGGAGGAGUUGGAGAGAGUACGCAGACGGCUGGGCUUGAACGACCCGAUCCACAUCCAGUACGUCAAGUGGAUCGUCAGCGCGGUGCAGCUCGACUUCGGCGACUCGUUCUUCACCAAUCGCCCGAUAUGGGAGGAGGAUACCUGGAUGGACUACUCGCUGCGAAUCUUCGCGAUUAUUGGCCUGGCCAUGCCGACUUUCUGGGUGGGCGCGCUGCUGUUGCUGGCGCUGUCGCUCUGGUUCAACUGGUUUCCGCCGCUCGGCUACACCGCCCCGUGGGUGGACCUGAAGACGAACUUCAUCCAGCUCAUAUUCCCGGCAGUCGCGCUCGCCUAUUCGACGAAUGCCGUCGCCGCAAGGAUGACCCGCUCGCAGAUGCUUGAGGUGCUGCGCGAGGACUACGUUCGCACCGCGAUGGCGAAGGGCCUCAGGGAGCGAGUAGUCGUAACCCGUCACGCGCUGAAGAACGCCGCGCUCCCCGUGCUCACGCUCUUCGGGGUGCAAUUCGGCUUUUUGUUGGGCGGCUCGGUUGUCAUCGAGAGCGUAUUCAGCCUGCCGGGAAUAGGCCGCCUGCUCAUAUUCGCCAUCAACACGCGGGACUUCCCCAUGGUGCAGUUCCUCGUGAUGUUCAUCGCAACCAUAUUUCUAUCGGUGAACCUUGUAGUGGACUUGCUGUACGGGUGGCUCGACCCACGAAUCCGCUACGAAUGA